UAACAUGGCGGUACUCGAUCGCCGUUAGUCGAUGUAUGGACGCCGGUAGAUUUGGAUCAUCCUUUCGAAUCAGUCAGAAUGAAAGGUGAUUAUGAUUGAGAAAUUCACAAUCCGUGCUCUCUUCGUUUGCACUCGCUGUGACGUUAUUUAAUAUUCGCUGUCUUGACCAGUGGACUCCAACAAUUCGCGAGUGUCGAUUGUAAAGUCUUAUUACACGCGUUAAGUGACGUUUAUAAGAGUUUGCUCUGACAUCGUUCGAAAACGCGAUUUGAGGGACUGUUGCUGAGUUCGUUCGAUCAUCACGUUGCGAAAGUGAUUUUGUAACUGGUCGCCGUUUGAAUAGUUUCAAUUCUGAGGUGAUUGACAACGGAAAUUGAGAAGGCAGUGGAUCUCGACGACCAUUUGAAUUUGUUUUGAAACCCUAGGACUCACGUCGUUAAGUUACCCUGUAAAUAGAUCUCUGAAAUCUGAAAAAUGGCUCCGACUAUUUACUUGUCGGAGUUGCCAGUCGUAAGAACACCCACAAUCCCGUGUUCAAGACGAAGACAAAGGGUUCGCAACGGUGCUGUAGCGAAGCAGCAGAGGUUAACAUUUAGACAACUGGAUAGAAACGCGUCUUCUCACGACGAUGCGUCUCUAACACCACCGGAAAGCCCUCUUUGGGAACCAGAGAGUCCCAAUGACUCUUGCGCCCCGAUCAUCGUCAGUUCUUCCUCCCCGAACGUUUCCGCCAGAGUUCCUGAAGAUAUAAAAGAACAUUGGAAGGUGUUCCUGGCGAGACGGAAAGGUCUCCUGGACAUUGUUGUACGCACGAUGGCCCUGGUCCGGCGGAACAACAUCCUUCAGAAAAGGGUAAACGCUCUGCGAGCAGAGACCCGUGAUUUCAUUCAUUCGGUGUUGAACAAUCCAGAAAACAAGUGCAUACAGCAGAGAUUGGAUACCGUGGACUGCAAGGAAGCGGAUGUGUCCUCGUCGACGGAGGAAACCAUUGCGAGACCGUCACUUCCGCCCACGCCAGACUCGACGAAUUCCUCGUCGAACGACGUCACGUCGACCUGUGGUAGCAGCACAAACGACUUCGAACAAUUCUCCGACGAUGAGUUGUAAUGUUGAAGAAUCGCAAACGCAAGAGAAAAAGGUGUUUCGUGAAAGCGGGAUUCGAAAAGAACGAAACGUGGAUUGGUUUGAGUCGCUUGGUCAUUACACAGGAAUCGGACGAUGACGCGAUUGCUUCUUGAUUGAACGAAAUGCAACGAAGAUUUUGCCGAUGGUACUGAAAUGGAGAUUGGGAUGAUGCGACUGAAGUUAAAUUUCUUAUCAUCUUAAACCGUGUGUGGAAGGUUUCGAGGUCUUUUCAAGCCUUCAUUAAAAAAGGUCCUUUGAUAUGAUUGAGAUUUGUGAAAUAUUUGUAAUA